AUGUUUAUCAUUGGUGUAAUGUUACUGUAUUUCGUAGAUUCACUUGAUUUAGAAUAUGUGAAGGAUAAUCUAGCACGAUGUCUAGAUGGAUCACGAGGUGUAAUAUUUAAAUAACUAAUUUAAGUCCUAUUAUUUUCAAAAAGGUGAUUAAGAUGGUAAAAAUAAGUUUCUGAUUCAUUUUGAAGGAGGAGAGUAUGAAUAAGUUAAUUAAUUAUAGUCUAAUAUUAGGUAGCAGUGAAGAAGAAUAUUUUAAAAAUGCGAUUAUUAAGUAAAAUUAGUCGAAAUUAAGAUAGGUGACAUAAUAUGGAAGUUCAUUAAAUAGAGCUUUAAAUAUAGAAUUAAAUGGUUUAUUAUCUUAAAAUUAAGGAUAAAAUAUCAAUUUUUAUGAUUGGAACAUCAUAUAUAUAAAUUCUUGCGAUGGGACUGGUCAGUAUUUUUAUUAAUAUUUUGUAGGACAUCAAGGCUUUAGAUAAAGUCCUAUCAUAUAUAAAGAAUAAUUAAUUUAUUUUCGUGGUGAAUCUAUAAUUAAAAGUAUUAUAGCUUAGUAUAAUACAUAAUUAUAAAAUUCAGAAGCAAUUAUUCUAUCAGGAUGUUCUAUUGGGGCAAUAGCAGCUUUGUAAUGGUCUCAUUAUAUUUCCUAAAUUAUACCAAAUUAUGUUUCUCUUCUGUGUAUUGCAGAUUCUGGAAUCCUUAUUGAUAUGUAAUCUAUAGAUGGUAGUGAAAUGCUUAAAUAAUCAUUAAAAAUUAUGAACUAUCUAGUUAAUACUGAAUCUGAUGUUCCCCUUUAAAAUUGUGCUAGAAAUUACCCUAAUUAAAGCUGGAAGUGUUUUUAUUUUUAAAAUUUACUAAACUUUAUAACUACACCAGUAUUUUUAAUUUAAUCACUUUAUGAUAUUGGAUUCUUAUAAGGUUAUUUGAAUAUUGCAUGUAUUAAAGAUUUAACAUUAAAUAAUUGUUCAACAACAGAAAAAGACUAUAUUGAUUAUGUUUAUAAUUAAUUUUAAGUUACAAUAAAGAAUAAAACAUCUUUAAAUAGGAAAAUAGGAUCAUUUGCUCCUAGUUGUAUUUCAAAUUGGUAUUCUUAGAUUUUUUAUUAGAUUUUCUUUUUAGCCUUUUUUUAAAUUCUGCCUCAUUUUCUAUGAAUUGGUCAAUUCCUGAGAAAUCAGGUAAAACAGUAUCCUAAACCUUAAGUAAAUGGAUAGAAAUUUAGCAAAAAAAUUAAUCCAAUGAAGAUUAAAUAGUUUUAAUAGAUGAUGUUUAUUGGCCAAAUAAUGAACCUUGUGCUUUAUUAGCAUCUGAAUAGACAUUCACAAGAUAUAUGAAUAUAUUAUACUUUCUAUUUAUAAUCAUAAAUUUUUGA